AUGGUCUGAGCUCAACAACAACAUUGGCUGCAGAGAAAUCACUUGAAGGGUCUGAAGAAGUUGCUCAGGCGGAUAAAUAGAGGUGUCCGACCCGCUUUACGUUUCAUACGGGGAGCCGAAGCUUCAAGCAGUGUCUUGUGUGUAUGCGUGUGUGAGUGUGUGUGUGAGUGUGUGUGAACAGGAGACCUGUGCGAAGGCUGUAAAAAAAAAAAACCUGUCCGGCUUCUGAACUGUAAGAGCAGACAGGUCUCUGUGUCUGAGCAGCUAGCUGGUUAGCUAACAGCGCGUUAAUUGACUAAGAUGAACGUCCAUCUGAACGGCAUCCACAAUGACUCCUUCAUUGAUGAAGACUGCUUCCUCUUCACUUCUGAAUCAGUCGGAGAAGGACACCCCGAUAAGAUCUGUGAUCAAAUCAGCGAUGCUGUGUUGGAUGCACACCUCAAACAAGACCCUGAUGCCAAAGUAGCAUGUGAGACUGUUGCUAAGACGGGGAUGAUCCUGCUGGCCGGGGAGAUCACCUCAAGGGCCAACGUUGACUACCAGAAGAUUGUCAGAGAGGCAAUAAAGCACAUCGGCUAUGACGACUCCUCCAAAGGCUUCGACUAUAAGACCUGCAAUGUGCUGGUGGCUUUGGAGCAGCAGUCCCCUGACAUUGCUCAGGGUGUUCACCUGGAUCGAAAAGAAGAGGACGUGGGAGCCGGUGACCAGGGUCUGAUGUUUGGAUAUGCCACUGAUGAGACAGAGGAGUGUAUGCCCCUCACUAUCGUCCUGGCCCACAAGCUCAAUGCCAAGAUGGCUGAAUUACGCCGGAAUGGAACCUUGCCAUGGCUCCGACCCGAUUCCAAAACUCAGGUGACCGUUCAGUACAGGCAGGACCGAGGUGCCAUGGUGCCGUUGCGUGUCCACACCAUUGUGGUGUCUGUGCAGCACGAUGAGGGUGUCAGUCUGGACGAGAUGCGACGCUGUCUGAAGGAGCAGGUGGUGAAAGCCGUGGUUCCCAGUGGGUACCUCGAUGAUGACACCAUAUACCACCUGCAGCCUAGUGGCCGCUUUGUCAUUGGAGGACCACAAGGUGAUGCUGGUCUGACGGGGCGUAAGAUCAUUGUCGAUACUUAUGGUGGUUGGGGGGCUCAUGGAGGCGGAGCGUUUUCUGGGAAGGACUACACAAAGGUAGACCGCUCUGCUGCCUAUGCUGCCCGCUGGGUGGCCAAAUCGCUGGUAAAAGCUGGGCUCUGCAAGCGUGUGUUGGUCCAGGUAUCCUAUGCUAUUGGAGUUGCCCACCCCCUCUCUGUCUCCAUCUUCCACUAUGGGACCUCCCAGAGGAGCGAGAAGGAGCUGUUGGACAUCGUGAAGAAAAACUUUGACCUCCGUCCAGGGGUGAUCGUAAGGGAGCUUGACCUGAAGAAGCCCAUCUACCAGCGCACAGCAGUUUAUGGUCACUUUGGUCGGGAUGUCUUUUCAUGGGAGGUGCCCAAGAAGCUGAAAUACUGAACCCCGCUUCUAAUCUCCCAGCGGGCCUUAGGUGUAUUACAGAUAAACGUGUGUGUUUGUCUAUUUUCCUCCUCCCCCCUCCUCUUUCUCCUCUUCCUUUCCCUUUUUCCUCACACACACAGCCACAUCACCACAGCCACUACUACAUGAAAACAUGUCCUUUCCCCACCUGUUGGUGUUAUACACAUCCUUGAAGAGAUAACCAAAAAAAAAAAAAUAUGCGUACAGAUUUAAGCAGCGCUGCCAGCUUUUAGUCAUCUUUGUUCUGGCGGCUCACCUCACUUUUUUUUUUUUUUUUUUUUUGCAUGAUUAACAGUCGUCUAGUUUCCUGACAUUGAUAGGUAUUAUUGACAGUUAAUAUUAAAACCACAUUUAUGACAGUUUUCCCACAGGACCACGUGCAUAUUUACCAGUAAUGAAGACAUUUCUUGUAUUCCUCAGCUUUUUAAUUCAGUGUCUCACUGCGGCUUAGUUGUAGAAAUAAUCAGUGAUUGCCAUCCUCUAUUGCUCUCUCCUUAAUGGCAACAUGUCAUUCCCAGUUUCACCUGACUUUGUUGGGUUAAUAGCCAUUUAGAGUAACAUCAGCUCUGCUCCCCUCACAGCACACACACACUCAGUUUUUAGAAAUUUUAAUGGCACAAAUGGGGGUCAAACACUUGUCGAGUGGAAUAAAAUCUGCUAUUUUUUUUUUGUUUUCUUCGUGCUGUCCCUUCAGGCCAUGUUUUUCUGACGUUUUACAGAGAAGUCAGAAGCUGCUAAUGACCUUGUGGUUAUGUUGGGCUGCACCAUGAAAUCACUCCAUUUUUGUUAUUUAUUAUGUUGAUUUAAAUGUCAUGUUAAUGUUUCAGAUGAUGUUAAACGUGUCAAUGUUCUACUGGCCAAGAUAAAGGUGCGGUACAGUAGUCACCCUUCCUUAGGUUGACUCUGGGUGUAGCUACAGAGAAACCCAGGCUCAGUCAUCUCUGGACAGGGGCUGCCUUUAUCCUGUGGCAACACUGUACUUGAAAUGAUUUGUAUAAUGGCGUUUGACUAUUGUGGGACCUAACACUUUGACAAGCGAGGAAGGACAACUGAAUAGUGAGUGCCACAAUUUACUGUAUUUAAAAAUUCUUUUUCGCUUAGUUGCGAAUGUUUAGAGUCCUGUUACCUUCAGUCACACUUGCACGUAAUAGAAAAAGUGGACUGGUAUGGAAGAACAUGAAAAACAGAGGCACAGACAAACCAGGACAAAGUGAUAACAGGCAGUGCACAGUCAGCUUAGUGAAUGUAAGACAUUACUGCUCUUCUCAGCAGAGUUAGUUUUGUAUGAAUGAGAACAGGGGAUUAGAUAUGUAACUUUAUGCUUGUGGAGUUUGAAUCUUCCACUGGAAUUGCACAGCACACAAACUCUUGGAAGUUAUCCAAAAUGGAAAAGGCUUCUGUUUGCAGUGUUACAUUCACAGUCGUUCCCAAAAUGAAUGGUGAUCUCGCAGCAGAAGCUUUUCUUUUAAUUUAUUUAUUUAUUUGUUUUUAAUAAUGUAGUCAUACUUUACACAAUCCCCUGAGGGUCAUUGGAUGUCACCAUUCAGAAUUUUCCUGCCUUUGUCCUACUUUCCUCUUACUUUGCAGGAAAUGUAGAUAAGGUGUGGACAGAAAUGUGCCAGAGAUCCUGUCCAGGUUUGAACCCCAAGAUGUUGUGAAUACACAGUAUUUGCCUUUGAAUGCUUCCUCAGUUGCCCUGUUCCAUGACUUUAUUCCUGAAUGUGUACGAAUGUGUAUACGCAAUAUAGUUGCAGAAUUGAGGCUAAGCCAGCUGUUAACGAGAGUGAGAUUAUUAUUCACUUUUAAAAUCACCACAGUCGAGCCCUGGUCUGAGCUGUGUGCACAGUAAUUGUUUAGAAAUAUCUUCAUCAUGUAGCUAGGUGACACUGUGUCCUCAUAAAUGACAUUGAAAUUAAGAUUUAUUUUUUAUUUAUUUUUUUUUUUUGUCCUACUCAGAAAACACUAUCUUGUCCUCGUUCUCUGGCGUCACCUUGUGGUUCCCUGAGUGUACUACAGAGAAACCUCAGAUGGGAUCCACAGGGAGGCGCUGCAGGAGCAGUUUAAAUUGAUGUGUGUGUUCAUCUGGUGAAAUUUCUUUCAGUCAACCUCUAAAAGAUUUUUUUUUUUAAUAAUAUCUUUGAAUCGUUUAGCUCUUCCACAGAUGAGACAAAUGCUUGGUUGGUGUUGUACAGAGAAACCAGCCUGUUUACAUGGUCUCCUGUGGAUGGGGGCUUUGAGGAGCAUUUUAUUUUGUCUCUGUUAAAUUUUUUUUUUUUUUUUUUUUUUUAAACGAUUGGAAGUGAGUCUGUCAGUGUGGUUGCUGAAUGUGUAAAAGUGCCUUUUCUAAUUUUCUGCAGUGCCCCUUUCCCCUGCCCCCAAAUAUCUAGCUCCUUACCUAUUGACCCCACCCUCCCAGUUCCUACCCUGAGGCUGCAAAAUUUCCCUCUUCAAUAAUUCACACUGAGGAGUCUGAUUUGUUGUUGAGUUUUUCUUUUAAACCCUUCAAAUAAACUGCACGCUUGCUUGUGCUUAUGAGCUGUG